GUGAUCUGUCAGAAGUCAGACCCGCCAGUUGUCAUUAAAGUGUGUCAAAUUCAGGGUCAAUUUUACAAAAAAAAUUGGAAAGUGAUGAUAGGAACCCUGCUGGAGCAGAUCCAGUAUUUUUAAAUGUUUAAAUUAGUUGUGAUUCGACGCCUUGUACAUUUUUAAUUUGCAACACAUCUGUAUAUACACUUCCACCUUGUGCAGUGUAUUGAUAAAAAAAACUAUCAAAAUGGCAGCCACGAGAAGGUUACAAAAAGAGCUAGGAGAUAUUCGAAAUUCUGGAUUGAAGUCAUUCCGUGAUAUCCAGGUAGAUGAAUCAAAUAUCCUCACCUGGCAAGGAUUGAUUGUACCAGAUAAUCCACCAUACAAUAAAGGAGCCUUCAAGAUAGAAAUCAAUUUUCCAGCAGAAUACCCUUUCAAACCACCUAAAAUAAACUUCAAAACCAAAAUUUACCACCCUAACAUAGAUGAAAAAGGUCAAGUGUGUUUACCAAUUAUCAGUGCUGAAAACUGGAAACCAGCCACAAAAACUGACCAAGUGAUUCAAGCAUUAGUAGCUCUUGUAAAUGAACCAGAGCCUGAGCACCCUCUACGUGGCGACUUAGCAGAAGAAUACCUGAAGGACAAAAAAAAGUUCACAAAAAACGCAGAAGAGUACACGAAAAAGCACAGUGAAAAGAGACCAGCUGACUAAGAUAUACUUUUGUACACUUAGAAGAAAAUUUAUUCCUUGCAUUUUUCCUCUUUUUUUCUUUUUAUACCAUCUCUUUCAUUUUGCUCCAUAUAUUAAAGUUAUGGUGUUAAUUUAUUAAAAUUGUUCAUUAAUGUAAUAGUUAUCUUUUUUCCGCAAUUUUAUAUAAUAGACAAAUUUAUUUCGAGUCUCGUGUAAUUUGCAUUCUCAAAAUUAAUUUAUAUAAUAAAGCUGUUUUUAAAAUUAUAACAAAUUUUAUUUGUCGCAAAAAUCAGAUAUAACAAUAUCAUGUUGUAAAGUCAUAC